AUGUCGACGAGCUUCUCCAGCGUGAGCAGCGACGAGUCGAUCUCAACUGAGGAUUCCUGGCUGCCGGACAUUCCGGAAGUCUCGCCAAUCGGACACAAGGUCACGAGGAUCGUCAAAACCGACGAGCUGGACGGCCUUUUCCGGACCGUCUACGGGUACCUCGUCAAGUCCCUCCGCGACGAGAAACCGCUGCUUGACGAGCAGAAGUUCGUCCUCGUCUCCAAGAUCCACUUCUUUUUUAGGGGCAUGAGUCUGCCCUUCAGGGGUCUUUUAUUUUCUUGUUCUGUUACCACUAGCAUGCUCCCCUAGAGUGGUCACUUUUGUAAGUUUAAGUGACCCUGUAGAGAAAGGUAAAGUGGUCCCUAGAGGGGGACCUUCAAGUGUCCCAGAUAGCCUUUUCUUGGAAACUAGAGCUUUUUGAAGACUUUCUAGUCUUUCGGGAAUAUUUUGAUGAACUUUCAGAAAGCUCUGAGAGGCCAGAGUGGUCCCUAGAGAGAUUAGGGAGAAAGCAGCUCCUUAAGGGGACAAAAUAGUGCUCCCUAUAGGGGCAUGAGCCUGCCCUUCAGUGGUCUUUUAAUUUUUUCUUUGUCCUAAUUUGGAAGACCUAUUAAAAUACCAAUAGCAAGCUCCCCCUAGAGUGAUCACUUUUGAAAGGUUUAGUACCAUCUGUAGGGGAAGGUAAAGUGGUCCCUUGAGAGGAGCCUUCAAGAGCUCCUUGGAGAUCCUUAUUUUUUUCCGAAUCUGAUCCUAUUCCGAUGGUUUUUCCCCCUCUACUCUAAAGGCACUUUCCAGUCGGCAUCUGCAAGUCGGUCAAGCUGCUGACCGACGUCAUCAACGCGUACGGCGAGGUGAAGCUCAACGGCUUCGUCAUCCAGCCGGCGCCAGAAGCCGGCGACGGCGACCGAACGACCUGGCUCCGAUACCAAGUCACCUGGCGCGAGGUCAAGGAGUACAACGAGUUCCUGGAACAGUGCGAGGAACGAAGCAUCUGCCAAAUCGGCGUCAUUUCGAGGGACCUCAAGGGAUCGCCGGCGUUCCUCGUCGCGGCCGUCGACGUCGCAUCGCAGUCGCCGGCGAAGCAAGACUCGCAGGACGUCGUCGUUCGCGCCCAGUUCCCCGGCACGACCGCGGAAGACUGCGCCUUGGCUGCCCUCAUGACCAACUCCUUCGAUGGGAAGAUCCUCGGAGGAGAGUUCUACUUCGAGACUCCGCCCAUUUUUGAUCUAGCCAAUGUCCGCUGCCAGGCUAUCAGAAUGGCUUGA